AUGAGAUUUCAAAUGUACCUGGCAGCCUGCGAAGCAACAGUUUCUGAGCGCACAAAUUCUUAUUUUCAGUCCUACUAUUUUGACCGGGAUGAUGUGGCUCUGAAAAACUUUGCCAAGUACUUCCUGCACCAGUCCCAUGAGGAGCGUGAACAUGCUGAGAAGCUGAUGAAGCUGCAGAAUCAGAGGGGUGGGCGCAUCUUCUUGCAGGACAUCAAGAAACCAGAUCGUGAUGACUGGGAGAAUGGACUGACUGCAAUGGAGUGUGCCCUGCACCUGGAGAAGAACGUGAACCAGUCGCUGUUAGAACUGCACAAAUUGGCAACUGAAAAGAAUGACCCACACUUGUGUGACUUCAUUGAGACUCACUACCUGGAUGAGCAGGUGAAAGCCAUCAAGCAGCUGGGUGACCAUGUGACCAACCUGCGGAAGAUGGGGGCACCCAAGUAUGGCAUGGCAGAGUACCUGUUUGACAAGCACACCCUUGGGGAAAGUGACAACAGCUGAAGGCUUGCCGAGAACCGCCCCGUGGGUUUCAGGGGGACUUCUACUUUACUGGUCCAGCAGUGCAUGCAUCUUCAGCUAUCUAGAUAAGCAGUUCUUAUACUCUGUACCAAAUAUCAGCCCUCUUCUCUCUUGUGUUUUGUGUACUGCCCUCCAUCCAAUAAAGUGACUUGGUUCAAGGUG